AGAUACUAAUAAUUUCGAAAUAGCAUAUUUUGGAAACACCGGUGUAAAUAUACAUAUGUAUACGUGUACAGAUAUAAGAUUGCAUAGGUAAUUCAACAAGUCUUGUUUUGGAACUUUAUAUAUAUUUAUCAUUCUCUGAAAUAUUCUCAUUCAAAGAAGCUGAAUCAUUGUUUGAAAAGUGUUGGACACGGACAUGAUUUUCCUCAACCAGUUUCGCUACUUGGCACUCGGUUGAAACUAAUUUUAUCAGUUUCAAUUGGGUAAUAUGUUUUUCAUGCAUAAAAUUCGGCCCAUGAAGCAUUUUGCAAAAAAUUCCUUAUUUUUAAGUACACGAAACUUCAAGUUCUGGUUCUGAUUUAAAUAUUUAAAUUUACAUAUGUGCUUAGUAAAUGUAUGCACAACGAAUGCAUAAGCCGUAGGACAUCAUAUACAUACACGAUGCAAAUGAUUUCCAGCACAUGUACUUUUCAAUAAUGAAAUUUUCAUACAUCUGAUAGUUAAAUAUCAGAUGUAUAAUAACAGCGUCUAUUUUUCAUUUUGCAUCGAUAUGGCCUCGAUGGGAUCAUACAGUCCCAGAUUUAGAUUUGGGAAGAUGUUAGUUAAUGUCAUUAACGGCUUAAUGACGUUCGAAUUAAUACCCCCAAUGAAGAAAGCUGCAUGGUUAUAUACGUACGUUCACACUACUACUAUUUUCUUUGGUUGGUCUAGUUCUAGUUCUCGACUAAAGUGCAAGGAAAAUAUCAAAUCAUUUCGUGAGCAUGGAAUAAAUUGACACUUGAGAAGAAUCAAAGAGAAUCUCAUCACUUUAGAUUGCAACAAAUUAGACGCACUCCAACUUUUGUGCUUAGGUGGUCCUCAUGAAAUCAGAUUGUCAGCAGGGACUCAUUAAACUAUUGCUUUUUCUCGUCAUCUUAUUGUCAUGUUAAUGCUGCUGACAUUUGAAUCACAAGUCUCAAACUUUUUGAAAUCACUAUUUACUUUUCGACCAUCUACGGAUAAAAUUUAAGAGACAUUCAUUAAUACUAACUGUAGUAUGUAUAAGAAGCAUGCCUACAUACAUAUAUGCAAUUACUUCCUUAAAUCAAACGAGUUAAACGUUCUGAAGUAGCUUGGUUCAGUCACGGUAUAAGCAACUCACCAACUCCUAAUACAUACAAAAAUCUGUUGGUCAUUCUUCUUUCAUUGCUACAUUAAAGUUACAGACAGCAAAUAUGUAGUAUACACAUACAUGCAUACAUAAAAGAAUAUACAAUUAAAACAUUUAAAUGAUUGAAUCCAUGAAUCUGAAUCUAAUCUUAUUAUUUUAACACGCUUUUCGCGUAGGAGAAAUGACAAAGGAUCUAACUACCUCAAGUUGUCAAUGGGCAGAUGAAGAAAUUUGGUUCAGAUUCAGACAAUGGACAGUGAUCUUGUAAGGUUAACGUCCAAGGGAUUGUUUUUUAGAAGAUGUGAACAAUUAUGAACAUAUAUAUUAUAAAAUGAGCUUGGUAAAAUCCAUAUUUAAAUGCGCCUUUCAUUGAGUUUCCGUUUAUCUUGGCAAUCUCAGAUUUGAUAUUAAUUAAAACCAAUUGUAAUAUAUUUGAUUACGAAACGCACCACUGACCUAAACAGAAAUAGAAGCUUUUUUUAUUAAUUUUUGCAGACAAUUCUUAUGUCCAUACAGACUUGUGUGCUAUAAAUCCAUCAUGUUGUAUUAAAGUAUAAAACAUGAGAAAAACGUAAAAGGCUUCUCAUAUCAUCAACAUCAUCAAUCUACUUGAAGUGACUUGUCAGUUUUGUUUGUUUUCCAUAUUCUUUGUAUUUUACUUGGUGCUCGCACUGAUCUACUAUUCUUCAUGCAAUUAUCUACUCGGCAAACGGAAGCUAAUUAAUGAACACUUGUGUCAGGUUUGAUACAUGAGUUUGCAACCGUCGGCAUUAAUAGUUGCGUAUGUAUUUUAAUAAGACACAAAGGUGUCAGCUAAUAAAAUAUUGCAAAAAAUUUUCAAUUUGCAAAAUGUUUCUAAUAAACUUGAUAUGCAAAAAAUAUUUGCCUCCUACAUUUUACUACUAUUUACAUACAUACGUAUAACGGGAGUACAAGAGUUGCCCACAAAAUUUAAUCACAGAUCACAAUGCGUAUAAAUACCUUGUCAUAUUAAUGGGCCAAAAUUGACCAUCUUCACAUGAUAAAUGAAAACCGUAAAUAUUAUGCAGAAAUAUCAUAUGUGCGUUUGAAAUUUUUCUCACAAAAACUGUACAGAGAAUUUGUAAGAUGCCAGUGCAUAGUAAAAAUGCGUGUCCGAUAUGUUAAUGUAAAAAAACUGCCCAUCGGGUAACAUGUGUAAAUGAAUAAUGUCCAUAGUUAGUCAAACUGCCAUGAUGAGAAAAUAAUUCGAGCUAAGAAUAACUAGAUCUCACUUCGAUUGAUCUACAUAUAAAUAUGCAUAAUUGAUCUAUAUUAAUGUUGCGCUUCUAACUUUCAACAAUCUCUUAACUUGAUCAUCCUAAUUUGCAUAAUUUGACAUGCCCUUUAAAAAUUGGAUAAAUUCCAAAUUGCCCGAGAUCGAUAUCGGCUCUAAACCCAAAUUGUCAUUCUUGUAUAUCCACUCAUUGACAGCAUUCCAAUUUUUCCCGAAAAUAAUUAAGCAACAUAAUGCUAACGGCAAUGAUAAAGAAAAUUGAAUACACAAUGCAGCACCCAUCAGAGAAAGGAGGCGCACAUCCCUCAUUGCGCAUUAACUACCAACUCAAAUCAACCCAGACUGAUUAAGUUCAUCUCCAAUCGAUAGAAAACACCAAUUGUAAAUUGGUUCUAAUGUCCAACCCGAAAAAAAAAUCCCACGGUCUAUUACGACUUUUUGCUAAAUAAAUUGUUACUUGCGGCAGUAGAAACGAUUAUUUAUAUACGCAACGCAUCAGUAGAAGAUGCUUAAUUUAUCUACUUCCCGACGUUUGACGUUACCCCUCUUCGUUUAUCAAGAAGUAGAUUUUCGUAUUUGCAUGCAAAUGUACGUAUCCCUUACAUACGUAUACAUAGUACAUACGUAUGUAUACAUACCCCUUAUCAACCACGUACUGUGCGUUUGAAUUGAGACGAUAAUGAAUCCUAAGUCUACAGAUAAUUAAUUUCCUUGAUUCCAUUUCAUCACAUACGUGCAUACCUUCAUGUAGUGGAAUUAAUAUGCAAGUUGAAAAUGUGAACAAUGAAAUACGCUCUUCUCCGCUUAUGUAUUUCGGACGCUUUAAAGGAGUCGGUUUGUGAUGAAAAUUCUUUCUUUUUAAAGGAUAAUGAAUAGACUCCACUUGAACUGGCCUCAGUUGGCAUUUCAUUGGCAAACGAUAAAGUAGUUUUGGCUCAACUAAAUGCAAGCCACUUUUGUACUCGAUAUUACUGUUUGCAUUUUUGAUUCGUCAUCGAAAUGUGGUAACAACCGGAUAGGAUUUUACUGCAUUCAAAUAUCCUUAGUACAUGUGUAGUCGUCAAAAUCCAGGCAUUUUAAAGUGUAAUAAUUUUGUAAAUUAAAAAAUGUCAUUACGUCGUUGGUGGAAAUGGAAACUUGGUAUUCUUAAGACUCCCAUCUUUAUUGUUUAUGCGAUUUUGAUUGACCAGACCAAUGCACAACAGUUCACUCGGUCAUGUCAAGAUCCUUUAAUUCAGAACCAUAUCACAACAGGCCACACGUAUUGUUACCACGCAUGUGGCUACUUCGGAAACCCAGCUACAAUGGAUUACUCGUCUUGUACAGCGGGUGGAAACUGUCUUUGCAAUUAUCCCUGUGAUUCAGCGCCUCCAGCGAAUCCGUUCGAUACAGGAGUUUGUCCCCCAAGAGCCAAUGAACCACCGGAUCCAGACUUGACCGCUAUGGCAAGAUGCUCACAAGAAUGUGCUUCAACAUGUCCUGGAGGUCAAGGAAGCAUUUGUGGAGAAAGCCUAGGCGCCUUAGGACCAAAUGCAGAUGUUUAUGCGAAGAUUUGUACGUGUUAUUGCUCACCUCAAUCUUGCACACCUCCUACAACAACGCUAGCACCGAUUUCUUUCGCCAUUAUCAAGAAACCUAUUUGGCCCUUUCUCAUAAAAGCUAAACUGUUAGUGUGGAAAAUUGUUCUAAUUAAAUUGCUCAAAUUUGGUUUGAUUCUUUUCAAAUUAUGUUCGCUUUACCUUUUAAAACUGUUCCUGUUUGGGAUCUACUAUUACACAUUUUAUGAGUGGAUCAACAUGGAGGCUCAAAUUAUUUUUAGGGGUGUCAGAUUUGUGUUUGGAUCUCUUUUGGACUAUUUGUCGUGAUGAUUGCAAUUGCCUUGUUAAAUACAAUUUAUUUAUUGAUUUUUCAUAUGUAGUGAAAAUGGUGUACAAUAAAGACAAUAAUUUAUUUACUCAUAA